AGAUUGAUCGAUUCCAAAGAGUAAAGACAUGACGGUGAGAAGUGCAACACACGCUGGUUCCUGGUAUUCAGGCAACCCGGCUAGAUUAGACAAGCAAAUGGAUGCGUUUAUACAGAGGUCUCCUCAUGGUUCCGUUGAUGGCGCAAGGCUCUUGAUUGGACCUCAUGCCGGUUAUACCUACGCUGGUGAAGUUCUUGCGCAGACGUACAGUGCUUGGGAUACGUCAAAGGUUAAGCGGGUAUUUAUCCUGGGUCCUUCACACCACGUUUAUUUCAAAAACGUUGCGUACAUGAGCUCAUGUGACGAGUACGAGACGCCAUUGGGGAACUUACCUGUAGACACCGAACUGAUUGAUACACUGUGUAAGAGUCAUAAGGUGUUUAAGAAGAUGAGGUUGGACGUUGACGAGGAUGAGCACAGUUUCGAGAUGCACUCUCCAUUUAUAUACAAGCAAACUCAACACUUACCACAAGGUGUUCCAAAGAUAAUUCCAAUUAUGAUUUCACAUGGCGACUCGACAUUUAACGAUCAAGUGGCGCAGGCUUUGGCACCUUACCUCAAGGAUGAGGAGAAUACGUUUGCCAUUAGCAGCGACUUUUGCCAUUGGGGAAGACGGUUCGGGUACACCGUGUACACGCCUGAUGAGUCACUUAAAGGGUUGAAGACUAUCAGUCACACUCCACAGGGGGAACAGGCAGGAGAGCUUUUGAUCUACCAGUCUAUUGAAUUUUUGGAUAAAUUGGGCAUGAAAGUUGCAUCCACUGGGUCAUCAGAGAAUUGGGAUGAGUAUAUUGACACCACAGGAAACACCAUUUGUGGACAGCAUCCGAUCUCUCUGCUGCUUAAGACUGUUGAGUUGGUUCGUGAGAAGUACGAUAAGCCUCAAGAUUGGGGGUUGUUUAACUGGAUAGGAUAUGCGCAAAGUAGCCAAGUCACCACAUACAACGACUCCAGUGUUAGUUAUGCAAGUGGGUACGCAGUUACGGUGUGAAAUAAAUGAUAUCUGGAUCUGAAUAAUUUACCAUGAGAUUCGUUAAAUUAAUGAGAGGGGGCCUUAGACUCCCAUACAACAG